GCUAGCGCGGGCCCUUUGAUAGCAAUGGCAAAAGUGAAAUAUACAGGCGUUCCCACCUCCCUCCCCGGAUCCAGUAGAACUCAACGAUGAGUGCCGUCGACGUUGCGCCUCUCUUCGUUUCCAGAUCCGGCGCCGGUAUUCUGAGUCACACCUGCUUCUCACGAACCGCCAAUCUCCUCCCGCUCGGCCGGAAACAUGCACCGAUCACUGUUCCUAUGAUCGUCUUCGGGAAACCCGUAGCCGCUCGAACAACCGUGACAGCUGCUUCUCUGAAAGAGGAGAGAGCUUCGGCGACGGAGGAAAAUGAGACCCCGGUGAGAAUUAUAGCUCUUGUCGGCGAUGGUAGUGUCAGCCCCCUCAAGUCCGUUCCUUGGCGUGACGUCAUGAUCCACACCGCACAGAGAUUGAAGUUGGUUGAUGAACAUUAUGAAAUGCUUGUGUUUAACGACAACUUUUAUCAAUCUAAUGACGAGAAUGUGAAACAUGUUACAGAGGAAGUGCACCGAGCAAAUAUUUUGGUGGUUGUUGCAGUUAUGAAUGGGGAAACAGUCAAAUGGAUUCAAGAAAAUGUUCAUUUUGUCCAGAAUGUUAUUUGUUUUGAGUCAUCUUCCGCAUUAAGAAACAAGCUGGGAGGACUAACUAUUGAAGUUGAGAAUAAUACAUUUAGAAGGUUAGCUCAAAUAUCUCAAUGGAAAAAACUAGAGGAAUCAAGAGAAGUAGCCCAAACAGUGUCUUCAGCUUGGGAGAAGUACAAUUCUGAUGGCAUACGCUUUUGUCUGCUAGUUAUAAUUAAUGCUUAUAUUGCUCCAGUUCCGAUACUAAAGAAUCUGAGAGCAAAAGGCUUCUCUACCUUAAACUGCAUGCUGAAAAACUGUGGACCGCAGAUAUUGAAUUGCCUUAUGGAUCCUAAUUGUAGAAAAGCUCUCCAAUGUUUAAACCAGUGCAACCCAGUGGAUCAGGUAUGCAACUACAGAUGCAUCGCUUCAUACGAGAGUCCAUGCCUGGAAGAGUUUUCUCUUUGCGUACUUCAGAAGAACAACUGUCUAGGUCUGGAUGCGAAAAUCCCUGAAAAACCACAUGUGGCCCCGAUGUUAGAGUUUCAGGGGGAGAUACUGUGUCAUGAAACUGCUGAGGACCUUUUUGUGGGUUGGUUGGGGAAAUUAGAUUGGAGUUGGCGUGUGGUUGCAGGACAAAACCCAGCCUAUGAUCAAUUCCCAUGCCAAUACCAGUUAUUCUAUAGAGGAAAAGCAAAGGGUUCAUUUUGGUAUGAGCCGGUCUUUCAGGUGAGAACAGUUGAAGAUAGCCUGGUUUGGAGAAGGCGAAAAUACCGAGUGAAAAGGGGAAAAGUCCCCGGGACAUUUUACUUCAGUGUCUUGGAUAAUGGAGUGGUUUCAAAGGAGUUCUGGACGAUUGUGGAUGUUUGUGAGGAUCUAAGCUGGGGCUUGUUUCACUAUAGCGGGGCUGCUCGAGUGGCAGGGCAAUCAUACUCUGGGGCAGUCCUUGUCAGCCCAGAUGGUGUAUACCCAGAUGUGGAACAACACCAGAGAUUGAUGUCUGCUUUGGAUAAGUGUUGUAUCAAAGAGUGGGAGCUCUUCAUGGUUGAAAAUUGUUCAUGUCAAGAUCCACCUCUAUGGCUGCCUGAGGGAUAUAGUUUACAUUGUAGUGUUGAAGUUUAGAGAAAGAAACAAUUGUCUAUUUAGUGGCCACAGCUCCAUGAGAUCGGAUUAAUGCCAGGUGCCAACACCACUCAUAUAAUUUGAGAUUUAGGUAAUAUACUUAGAAGGAGAGUUCUAUUGAUAUAAUAUAAAAGAAAAUGAAAAUAAUGUUGACUAUAUCCCUCAUUUAUGAGUGCAUUGCUGAAUGCAUCAUCUCAUUUUCCAACUAAAAUCUUGUUGUUUCU